UCAGUGGCAGCAUUUCUCUUCACUGCAGAGGCAGCUACAUUCUCUUCUCCAGGAUGUCGGGCCUUCUGACCAGCUCUGUUCUACUCAUCUUCUCCCUAAUGCUGUUCCAGAUCCACACACUAGAGGCAAAGCCUCUCUCCGCCAUGUAUGGGGGCGGUCGCAACUUCGACAGCCAGGCAGGUGGAGUACGUCUUCGAAGAGACCUCCGCGAUUCAGUACCCUACGAGGCCCAGAUGAUGUCAUAUCCUGGAGCUGACUUCAAGGGUCGGAGCAAUGAUCUGUACUACCAACCAGAGGCCUUGAGAGCUCAAGGUCUCGGACAAGCCCUCCAGCGAUUGAUGGAAAACGACCAGAGGCGGGAACAGGAAGCAGCUUAUCUUGCUUCAUUGAUGCGUUUCCUUAACGAGGCCCAGGAUAACGGCCAGGAGGAUGAAGGGGAUUUCCAGGGACCAUACCCUGCAGACUAUGAUGAGACUGAGCAGGCUGUGAGCAUGGCUAAGCCCCAGGCAUCAUGGCAAGGCCUUCUGGAUCCUCAGCUUACUCAGGCCCUACUCAACCGCUACAAGCAGGAGAGACUGAUGCAGGCUGGAAUUGCUUCAACCGGCAACAGGAUUCCUGAGAGACAGCAGGAUAAAGAUCAAGAGAUGCUUAGAUACCUCGUUGAGAAAAUCCUCUCCAGUUUGGCAUCUGGUGGAAACCAGGCAGCCCCUUCAAACCAGCGUGCUAAACGAGACCUGGGAGCCGUUGCCAGCAUGGAGAGAACCGGAGGCUCCGUCCUAAAACGAGCUCGGCGCUUCCUGGACUCCGUCCCCGUACCCUCCCCCCAGGCCGAGGCCUCGCUGUUGAGGGUGAAAAGGCUUGACGAUGACCUCGAUGAUGAAGGGGUCAUAGCACAGAGCAACAGAACGCCACACGUCGGCCUACAGAGGAUGAAACGCAUAGACACUGACCUGCCACCCCCUAAAAAACACAGCCGCAUACGCAGAGCACUGACCUAUGACCCCAAUCUGAUUGCACAGCACAUUCUGCAGUACAUACCAGCCUAAAGAGUGCAAGUGAAAAAGAAGGGGAAAUGUGGGUUAAAAAUAGGGGGAAAUAUAAAUAAACACACAUAGGCAGAAAGAGAUUUUCCAAUGGGGACUGCCAAAUUUCACUUGCUCAAUGAUAUGUCAGCACUCAUUGUCAUCUGCCAACGUCUAAUCAGGCCUGCUUGCCAAGGUACCAAUGUUAAUCUGUUUUGAUGUUACACUAUAAUAAAUUCCACACACAUGGUAGCUUAUCUAAUAUGCUUAUUGUUUUCUUGCAGCAUAUUGUUCAAGCAUAUUCUUACCUUAUUAGAUAAUUAAUUGGAUGAUUUAAAUGAUUAAAUUAGAUGUUGCUGUAUUUGUCGCAAUCAACAGGAAUAAGGUCACACUAACCUUUACAUCAUGGUGGGUACAGAUUCUUCACUCUGUUGUGAUCAUGCUACAGCUAUAAAUAAAAAAUAUUUUUGGGGGACUAUGCAGUAGGUAACUGUAUAACUGAUAAGCUCCGAAAAUUGGUCCUUGAAAAACCAAAACCACAGAUCGACCAAGGAAAUAUGAGGAAAAUUUCUCCUCCUGCAGUCACGUUUCAUGAGCUCCAUCUGCCUUGCACAGUGGCCCCAAAAAGUACUUGGACACUUAAGUCGCGCUUAAAAAUUUAUGAAUGUCAUUUCUUUAGGUACAAAUGAAUCAAAGCUCAUUUGUCAAGCAAAACAUUUGACAAAAAGAAGUUUGUUAGGUCUUUAAAACAAUAGAUAUAGUGUUCAAAAUGGAAACGAAAAGUUUUUUAACACUUUCUGUUUGUCAAACAUUAGUUAAACAUGUUCAUAGUUAAUGUGAUGAGCUAUUGCAAGCCCUUUCGACAUUUAAUCACAUGCAGAAUUCUAUAUUCAAUAGUAAAAAUGCUAAUUCUUGAUAUUAGUAAAUACAGUUGAAUUAGUACAAAUGUUAAUUCUUGAUAAAAAUUAUGUCAUUACUCACAGAAAUACAUAUUAUUACAAAUGUACUUUUAACUAGUAAAAAGAUAAUUACUGAUUUCUGUACCUGCACUUUCACUAGUAGAAUUUCACAAUUAUCUGUCAUCCACUCCUGCGCAAAAAGCAAUUACAGAUAUCUAUAAUUCAUUUCUUACUUGUUGAAAUUCCAAUUUCACAUAUCAGCUAUGUUUUUCUUACUAAUAAAAAUAUAUAUUUUUCAUUAUCAAUAAUAAAAAUGUGGUAAAAAUAUCCAUUCCUGAUGUCUAAAUAACUGGAAUAAAAAUAUCUGUAAAUGUAUUUUAACAUGUUUGAUUUGGUAUUUAAGAUAUCUGGGAAUAAAUGUGAAAUAUCAAUAAACUGAAGAUUCAUUAAAGAUAUCUUAAAAAACUUUCUUACUAGUUACAAUAACAUAGUAGCUAGUGAAAAUCAAAUUACCGAUGUUAAAAAUGAGCAUUUUUAGUUUUUAGUUGUUGAUAUCAGGAAUGGAAAUUUGCACUAGAAACAAUGAAAUAAUUGAUAGCAUAAAUUAUCAUUUUUGAUAGCAAGUAGUAUAUUGUUGAUUUGUGAAACUGAAAUUUCAACAAGUAAAAAUUAUUAUAGAUAUCUGUAAUUGUGUUUUGAACAGGAGUGACAGAUGAUUGUGAAAUUUUACUAAUGAAACUGCAGUUACAGAUAUUGAUAUUGGCUUGCGAUGGAUAAACUAAACCUGUGGUUACCCUGCACGGACACUUGUGUAAACUAACUUUAUACAUCCACUAAAAAUUUGCAAGUUAUUUCAUACAUUCAUAAAUUCCAAAUAUGUUUUGAGGCCACUAUAAGUGAACUUCACAGCUUUUGUUUUUCAUUAGUUCCCAAAGAAAAUAAUCUAUUUGGAAACAAAUGAUUGAGAAAAAACUUUCUGAAAUGCGUUUCUUUAUUCCAACAUUAUUAUUAUUAUUAUUAUUGCAUUAAAUAACUGAUACAUUCAGAACUGUUAGAGGACCAUUUCAAAUGGCACAAGACAUCAAAACAGCUGCUUUAUCGAACAAUAAGCAGCACUAUAUACUGUUAACCUUAUAAGAGCCAAUUAUAAUUUUUAAAUUGAGUUUCCUGUCUUCUCUUUUCUCUGUUUGGUUGUCUAAAAUCGUGUGUCAUUACAGUAAUGAGUGUCUUAUCCAUGCUCAAUGGACUGUGUUUUUUUCCUCUUGGUUUAACCAAUGAAACAUGAUAUCUGGAUGUCUGAUUCUAACUGAUCUCUUUCUCCCAACUUUUUCCCCUUUGGGGUUGUAAUCUGACUACUAUUAAUUUGUGAAGGAAAUUGUUGUUCUGAGUAUAUAAAUGCUUUUUCGAUAUUUAUGCCAUCAUAAAAUCUUGUACAAAAAUACUUGAAUCUGUACAGCAAGUUUUGUCAAGCAACAAAAUCCCCGUAAGUGCUAAUAAAGUGAAUGUGAACACCCA